AACGAAAGAAGAAAAAAUAAAUCCCUGUGCGUUUUUGGAGCAGUUGGCGGAAAGAACUCAAUUCAGACUGAACUCUCUCUUCAACUCAACUCAACCAAACUUCAAAUCUCUCUUCCUUCAAUUUCUUCAUCGUUCUUCCCACACAAACGAUAAUACGUUAGUUUCUCAAUACACAACAAUGUUGCACGAGCUUCUCUUGGCAUUAUUAGGUUACACCGGCGACCUAAUCAUCGACCGGAGAGACAAUCUCUCCGCCGUUACUCCAAUCUCCGACGAGUGCACUUUCAAGCUCGCUCCCGACAUUUCCUUUAUCGAUCCCAGUGACAGGGAACUUAUUGAGAGGAUAAUCACGUUGGGGUUUUAUUACAGAGAGUUAGAGCGAUUUUCAGCCAAGUCUAGGAAUUUAAACUGGAUUAGGUCGGAAAAUGCUAGCCUUUUGGAGAAUAAGGAGAAGCCUAGUGUUUAUCGUAGGGCUCUUGCCAAUGGCAUUGUUGAGAUCCUGUCAGUUUACACGUCUUCGAUUCUUCAUAUUGAACAAUUGUUGUUGGCUGAAACCAUGCCCAUUUUGGCAACAGUUACUCAAGGCCUUAACAAGUUUUUUACCCUUUUGCCACCUUUGUAUGAGCUUAUCCUAGAGAUUGAGCGCGGUGAUAUUCGUGGUGGUCAGCUUCUUAAUCUUUUACAUAAAAAAUGCCAUUGCGGAGUUCCUGAAUUACAAACUUGCAUACAGAGGCUUCUAUGGCAUGGACAUCAGGUCAUGUAUAAUCAGCUUGCAUCAUGGAUGGUUUAUGGGAUUCUUGAAGACCGGCAUGGGGAGUUUUUCAUUAGCAGGCAAGAAGAUAGAACUGUAGAAAAUAGCACACCUCAUGUAGAAAUCUCUGAAAGGUUGGCACGUUUAUCAACUACCGAGGCAUCGUUAACUGAUUGGCACAUGGGCUUUCAUAUUUCUUUGGAUAUGUUGCCAGAAUAUAUACCCAUGCGUGUUGCAGAAUCAAUUCUUUUUGCUGGAAAAGCUGUCAGGGUUCUGAGGAAUCCAAGUCCUUCUUUCCUGUCUCGGGAUGAUGUCUAUCCUCAAGUACCUAAAAGCUUUCCGAAAAUACAUGGAUUUGCAGGGCGUUUUAAUUUUCAAAGAGAGUCUAUAAUGAAUACCGGGAUGGAAGGAGAAGAUUUGCUUCCGCAAUCUGAGGCAGAUAAGAUUGAAAAUAUGCUUAUUGAUCUAAAGGAAUCAUCCGAAUUUCAUAAAAGGUCAUUUGAGUGUGCAGCGGACUCCAUUCAGGCUAUUGCAGCCAGUCAUCUCUGGCAGCUUGUGGUUGUACGUGCCGACUUGAAUGGCCACCUGAGGGCUCUGAAAGACUAUUUUCUUCUGGCAAAAGGAGACUUCUUCCAGUGUUUCCUCGAGGAAAGUAGACAGUUAAUGCGGUUGCCACCUCGUCAGUCAACUGCUGAAGCCGAUCUUAUGGUUCCAUUUCAGCUGGCUUCAUUAAAAACUAUCGGUGAAGAAGACAAGUAUUUCUCGAAAGUGUCAUUGCGGAUGCCAUCUUUUGGAAUCACAGUUAAAUCUUCACAAUUAGAUUUACCAAAGGCAACCUCUGCUUCUGUAGAUGGCAUCUCUGGUGCUUCCCUUUCAGAAAUGUCGGUUGAUGGUUGGGAUGGUAUUGCUCUCGCGUAUUCUGUUGAUUGGCCAUUGCAUUUGUUCUUUACUCAAGAAGUCCUCUCCAAGUACCUUAAAGUAUUUCAAUACUUACUGCGGCUUAAACGAACACAAAUGGAGUUGGAGAAGUUAUGGGCAUCAGUAAUGCAUCAGUACCACAGUAUUUUUGCCAAAAGUAAAAAAAAAGACCAAGACAAAAGCCCAACGACACAGCAGAGGGAUCAAAGAUUUCGAUCAAUGUGGCGUGUUAGAGAACAUAUGGCAUUCUUAAUCAGAAAUCUCCAAUUUUAUAUUCAGGUGGAUGUGAUAGAGUCUCAGUGGAAUAUUCUACAGUCUCAUAUUCAAGAUUCUCACGACUUUACGGAACUCGUGGGCUUUCAUCAAGAGUAUCUAUCAGCAUUGAUUUCCCAAACUUUCUUGGACAUUGGUUCUGUUUCAAGGAUACUGGAUGGCAUCAUGAAGCUUUGCCUGCAAUUUUGCUGGAAUAUUGAGAACCAAGACAACUUCUCUAAUACUUCUGAAUUGGAACACAUAGCCGAGGAAUUCAACAAGAAAUCAAAUUCCUUGUACACUAUACUGCGCAGCAGCCGACUUGCUGGAAGUCAGCGGACUCCAUUUUUGAGACGUUUUCUCUUGCGGUUAAAUCUGAAUUCCUUCUUUGAGUCAACUGCAAAGGGGGUUAUGAAUGUUGUCAGGCCACGUCCUACGCUUCCUGGUUUAAAUCAGCAGUAGUAAAGUUCAAAAUUUCUCACUUGUAAAGUUAUUAUAUGGCACGUGGCCUUCGGUCGAGAAAAUUUUCCCUCGCCAUCGUCUUGUUUGGAGGGAGAAUUUAAUGCUGACAAUCAAGUUGCUAUCUAUUUGCCGUCGCUGUUGGACCAUCCUGCAGCUGCCAUUUAGAUGUCAGCUACACAUCUUAUAUUCUAUUUUGAGAAUGUGGUUGUUGAUCCCGUUGAUUUUGAUUGGUUUUAUUGUAACACUGGACGGUUUGGUUUUAUUGAAAACUCUGAGAAAACAUCCAGUUCGGUUUCAAAAUUGGUAGUGCAUUGACUAGGUUUUCUAAAUUAUCAAUAUAUAUGAAUAUCUCUGAGACUAUUCAUAUUAAAUUGUUAAUGUUGGAGAUGUAUUUAAAACUAAUAAAAGUAUGAUAGACACAUUUGAUAGCAAAUCUAGACAGAAAGUUUUGAUUAA